AUGGACUGCAGAUAUAAGCUAUGCCUUGCGCAGGUCAAACGAAAGGAAAAGGAGGAAUGGGUCCUGGUACUUAAGUACCCCAACGGGAAGAAGAACCGCUGGCUCUUAUCGACAGGCGGCCCAGGCACAAGCGAGGUAUACGAACGGUACUCCAAAAAGCGGGACGACCUGCCUGAUUGUAGCGAGUUCUGGCUGAUUGCCAAACUCACGGAUGAGGAGGUGUAUCAUGAGUUCAAGCCGGAGUGGAAAAUGACGCUGCCUGGUCCAAACAAGUUCUUCAUAGUGCGGUUCCUAGAUCGCCUAGCGAGACGGGGACUGGUUGAUGAGUCUGUUAUCGAAAAGCUAAAGGAGGAGGCCUACUAUUCUGAUAGGGAGCUGAAAUGCUUCAAAGGCAGGUACACUAAUGUUGAUCAGGCGUUUAUUGAAGAUAGCCGCCACGAAGACAAUGCCUUUUAUCCCUACAAAUAG